GCAGCUGGAGCAGCUUCCCCUGGCACGGCCGCGGGCACCGUGCACCAUGGCAGAGCCUUCGCUGCCCCUCUCCUUCCUCUGCCUCCUCGCCUUGUCCUCCGCCUGCUACAUCCAGAACUGCCCCCGGGGCGGGAAGCGGGCGCUGCCCGACGCCGCGCUCCGGCAGUGCAUGCCCUGCGGUCCCGGCAACAGAGGGAAUUGCUUCGGGCCCGGCAUCUGCUGCGGAGCGGAGCUGGGCUGCUACCUGGGCACGGCGGAGACGCGGCGCUGCGCCGAGGAGGAUUUCCUGCCCUCGCCCUGCCAGGCCGGCGGGCAGCCCUGCGGCGCCGGGGGCCGCUGCGCCGCGCCCGGCAUCUGCUGCAGCGCCGAGACGUGCGCCAUGGACAGCGCCUGCCUGGACCAGGGCAGCGACGGCGCUCAGGAGGCGGCGGAGGAGAAGAACCUGACGGUGCUGGACGGCUCGGCCGGAGAUCUGCUCCUCAAGCUCAUGCACUUGGCAAACCGGCAGCAGCAGCAGCAGGGCAAGCACCCCCUGCUCUGAGUCCCCCCAACUCUGACCGACCCCCCCAACCUCGGCUCUGUACAUAGGAGACCCAAUAAAAGCCCUCGUGCACUGUG